UUCCGGGUGUGCGGCAUCGGAAACGCUUCAUGAGAGAAAGGCGGACCCCUCUGCUGUCCUUUCUUUGAAACUUUAUUUUUUAACAAUUGCCUGCAGUGCACUAUAGAAGUACCAGGUGUUCAAUUUAGCAAAUGGUUUAAUUCCUUUAACGCUGCAAAUUUUAUAGCCGCCUUCCCUUGACUACGGAGUGAUCUGUCAAGAACUGCUUGCCUUGAGAGAAGUUUGACAGCUGCCUUUUUCAUUAGGGAAGCCACAGUGAACUCUUGGAACACAAGAAAAUGGGGGAUAAAGAAUUGAUGUGGGCCUUGAAAAAUGGAGACCUUGACGAGGUUAAGACUCUAAUGAAGGAUGAGGAUGUGAACAGGACCCUGGAGGGUGGCAGGAAGCCCCUGCACUAUGCUGCUGAUUGUGGCCAGGCUGAGAUGCUGGAGUUCCUCCUCUCCAAGGGAGCAGAUGUCAACGCCCCAGACAAACAUGGUAUCACUCCGCUGCUCUCUGCCACGUACGAGGGUCACCUCACCUGUGUCAAGAUCCUGCUAGGAAAGGGAGCUGACAAGGAGCAGAAAGGACCAGACGGACAGAGCGCCUUCGAAGCAGCCGAGACCGACGCCAUCAAGGCUCUCCUCAAGUGAGACGGGAGCCCAGAAGGGACGGACGGAUGCAGCAGUGGUCCCCCAGACAGACCAGAUGGACACACCCCUUCCCCCGACCUCUGUCUUUAGCACUGCUUUGUCUGUUUGCAGGUUUAUUAUUUUUUUUUUCCCUUUUUUGUUUUGUUUUUUAAGUUGUAGGGAUUCUCUCUUCUUGCCUCUUCAGUAGCCAUUGAAUGGAUGGACUUGUCAAUCAUGUCUCCCUUAGGGACCAAACACUGAGGGGAAAAGCACUGACUUGGACCCUCCCAGAACACACAAGGAUGCAAUGUAAAAAAUGAAUAGAGCUUAACACUUAAAUAUGAUCGCUCUCAAGUCCUGUGUGCACUCCUUGCACAAAGAUGUUGGCAGAAAAACCGGAGACAUUCAAUAGUGUUCAAUUUUGUUGGCCGUUUUCAGUAUUGUAAGACCACUUGAUUAUAUUCAUCUUCCAAACAUCAGUUGUGCUAGAUGGAGUACGGUUGUAAAGAUAUUCUAUUAGCCCAGUAAGAUGGCCUCUUUCCCCUGGCUGUGUGCUGUAGCUCUUCUCUGUAGACCUGACUGGCUAACUGUCCAGCGCUUCAACUAGGGGGUUUUGUACUGUAUGAGAGGGUAGGUCCUGUUUAGGUCGCUAAUAAUAUUGGUUACCCACUCUCUACGUAACCCUCUACUGAUAACAUAUCACACUAAACAUUAAUGACCAAGGUUACUCUAACGUAUAAUAGCGGAAAUCCCCCGUUGACCAAUCACCACGUUGGCUAUUACAAAAAAUGUAUGUAACAAAAAAAAAGGAUUAAUCUGUUAUUAAAACAUUGCUGUGUAGUGAUGUCAUUAUGUCAACAUUGACCAUUAAGCAAUUUAGAAUCGCAUAAUGUUUUUCCCUUUUCGAGUGAGUUUUGAACGUGUUCCGAUCUGCAAUCCUUUGUUGCCGCAGUGAGUUUUGAACGUGUUCCGAUCUGCAAUCCUUUGUUGCCACAGUGAGUUUUGAACGUGUUCCGAUCUGCAAUCCUUUGUUGCCGCAGUGAGUUUUGAACGUGUUCCGAUCUGCAAUCCUUUGUUGCCGCAGUGAGUUUUGAACGUGUUCCGAUCUGCAAUCCUUUGUUGCCGCAGUGAGUUUUGAACGUGUUCCGAUCUGCAAUCCUUUGUUGCCGCAGUGAGUUUUGAACGUGUUCCGAUCUGCAAUCCUUUGUUGCCACAGUGUGUUUUGUAUUAGAUGAAUUUGGUGGGUGGGCUCUGAACGGAGGGAUAUACAAGGGUUUAGGGUUCAAACUGUGGAUCGGGGAAAUGAUCGUCCUCUCGCUCUCUGGGUUUGAUUAACCUGCCGGCUCUGCUGCAUGUCAGAACUACUUCUACUGCUACGUUCUCCAAAAUGGCUGCCUUCCUCUUUUGGUUGCUUUCAAGUAAUUACAAUGCAAUGGUAACAAAAUACUUUCUCUCUGGCAUUGUUGUGAGGGGAAAACUGAAAUAAAAAAUCUUAUUAUUCUUUG